CUGUUAAUUUUGCCUAUCGCAUAUCUUUAUUAAAAUAUUUUAUUUGCAAAUACAAAAUUUAAAUGAAUUCAUAUGUUUAUGAAUAGGAGCAAGGGUGCAAAAUGUAGAUAUUUUACGAUAAAAACUGUCAAUGAACUGCUGUAUCCUAACAACCAUUUCCUACAGCUAAUUAUGUAGUGUCAAAUUACCAUGUUAUUUAUUUGCAUAAAUAAUAAGUUAGAUGGUAUCAAAUGGUGCCGAACAGUGCCGAGUGGUACCGGGAUGUAACGAUUAUCGAUCAAAAGUUGCGCGCGUCCGUUGGUUACGAAGCAAGUUUAUUUAUUUUUUAAAUAUCUUCGUUUUUGGAGCUUCAAUGAUGGCAUUCAUUUCCAAUUCAAUGACGGACGACGACACAAGUCUUCCCCUUGACUUGAACAAAACCAGCGUCUUUCCAUUGAUGAUGGAGGGUGCUAGUAGCACCACAAUGAAUGAAACUCAAGGUAGUGCAAAGUACUCUGACGUUCACACCCUGAAAGAACAUGAAAUGAAAAUCUCAGAUUUGAGGAAAGAAAAUUUUGAGCUGAAGCUGAGAAUUUACUUCCUUGAAGAAAAACUACAGCAAUCCCAAAGGGAUGACGAUGAAGAUGAUGCCUUUAAAAUGAACAUUGAGUUGAAAAUUGAGAUCGAAAAACUGAAGAAUGAGCUCAACGAGAAACGAAAGUUGUUGUCAAAAGCAUCGACUGCCGUCGAUAGCUUGGAUCGAAAUCACCAAGAACAAAUAAAAAAGCUUAGAGACCAGCACAACCGCGAUCUCGACGCACAAAAACAAAAUUAUGAGAAAAAGCUUCAAGAGAACGAAGAGGCAAUGAAAUCAGCAAAUGCUCUGUCGGAACAGUUGAGGGAGAAAUUGGAAGAGCUGAGGGAAAAAUUGAUGGAGGCGGAAAGAACCAAUCGGCAAAUAAAAGAGGGCUCUGGUGCAACGUCGAUUGAAGCCACCGAAGUGCAGGCACAAUUACAAGCAAGACUUCGAGAGAAAGAAAGGAUCAUAGACGAGCUGAGAUCGGCUGUCGACAUUCGAGAGAGUCGUGUGAAGCCGGUAACGAAAGCAGACCAUCCCGAGAUUGCCCAAGAGAUAAAAGGACUGACGCUGAAGGUCGCAGAUCAAGAUGCACAAAUCCAGAACCUGAACGAGGAACUGAAAAAGUCGGAAACAUCAGUAAAAGAAUUAAGAAGCCUUUUGCAAGACAGUGAUCGUAAAUUUGAUUUGGCUUCACACGAAGCGAUUUCAACAGCGCAGAAGUUAAACGAGAAACUUCGUCUGAAACAAACUGAGCUUGACGAGAUGCAGGAGAAGUUCCGUGCACUUCAAGAGAAUUUGGAGAAAGCCCAGGAUAUCGUUGACGCUGCCAGUCUAAAAGAUGUCGAGGCUUUUGAGGAAAAGUCUAAAGCGUUGAUGGCCAAAGAUGCAUUGAUUGCCGAGCUUCAAGGAAAUCUGAAGGAGAAAGAAAUGGAAAAUGACCAUCUCAGUCGCUCAUUGGCUCGCAAAGAUAUGGAAUUGAAGAGAAUCGCAGAGUCUCAAGAAUCCAAACAAGAUGAUAUCGAUAAAGUUUAUGAAAAAGAAAAAGAAUUAACGACCCUGUCUGAAGAAUUAGCGGAGACAAAAAGCAAGUUGCGCACAGUCUCCGAUGAAUUCGACGAACGGUUACAAAAACUCAAAUCUGACCACGAAAAUCAGCUGACUUGUAAAGAUCAUGUAAUACAACGCAUCACGGAAACACUGAAAGAUAAAGAGAGCAUCAUCCAGGAUUUGAUUGUGACGCAAGAAAACAUUUCUUUAUCGAGUUCUCUGGAUGAUGUUACAGAUACCAAAGAAGAGCUCGUCGAGAAAUUGAGAGAUCGCCUGAAAGAACGAGAUGCUGCCGUCGAGGCGAAUAUCGAAGAGAAAUUCGAAGCGCUUCAAAAAAAGGAAGAGGAAAUGCAAGAAUUGCGCAAAAACGUACGCGAGAGAGAUCGCCUCCUCGAGAACAUGAACGCCAUUAUGAUGCAACAUGAAGAUGCUGUCAAGAGUUUACAGUGUUCCCUUGAUGAAAAGGUAGCGCUCGUAUGCGAUUUGAAGACGAAUCAAUCAACGAGAGAAAAUCAAUUCCAGGAAGCUCAUGAGCUUGCUAAGAAGAAGCAACGUGAGAACGAGGGCCUGAUUGAGAAACUCAAACGAAAUCUUGCAAAUCGGGAGCAACAAGUCGAGAAUUUAAAGAACAUCUUGCAUCAAAAUACGUCGAGCGAGAUGACCAAUUCUCAAGAUAAACAAGUAAUUAGUGAACUCAGCAUAGUUCUCAGGGAAAAGGAAAAUCUAGUUGCGGAAUUACUGGCCGAAAGAUCGAACAUGAUCGAUAAUCAUGAAUCCAGUGAACGUACAACAUUGAACACUUUGGCAGAAAAAGAUCGUUUACUGAAGGAUCUCUACGAAAAAUUGGAUCACACGUGUACUGAAAAAAAUGGCGAGAUCAUGAAGCUACAGCAGAAAGUGAACGACUUGAAUUUAGAAAUCCAGGCAGCCGAAAACAGUAAAUCGUGGACGAAACAAGAACAUGAAAUUCUUCACGGAAAACUGAAGCAGAGUUUAGUUGAAAAGGAUCGAACGAUUGAGAAGUUGAUAGAGAGUGGCAAGGAAAAGGAUAAACUUUUCAUAAAACUUCAGGAUUGCACCAGCAACAGUCCCGUAUCUCCCGUGAAACAAGAAGUGACUAACCUCAAAGUGAAAGUUGGCGAACUGGAAAAUUUGCUUCAAGAAAAGCAAGAUAUUGUAGCUAAGCUCGAGAGAGAUAAAGAAGAAAGCGAAUCGAAAAACAAAGAAGGUCAGGAAAAGAAUAAGGAAUACGUUUCUGAGUUGGAAAGUCAGUUGAUGGAAAAAGAUUCUCUUCUCAAGCAAGCAGCGGAGACGAUUGAAGCUUUUCGCGUGAAGUUGAACAAAUUGCCAGUUCUAGAGGAGUUGACAGAAAGCUUGGAAAAAUCUCGAAAUGCUUACAGCGAAUCCGAAAUUGAGCGGAAGAGACUGGAAUUGGAAGCGCAAACCGUGCAAAAAAGACAUUUGGAUGAAAUCAAAGGACUGCAAGAAGAAAUUAGCUCAUUGAAAGAGAAAAAAUCACCAGGACGUAAAAAUCUCGAAGGAGUGAAAUCGGAUAAUCAGGUUCAUCGUCUGAAGGAGCUGCUUCAACAUCAGAUUCAAGAAACAAGCAGACUGGGAGACAUAUUGAAAAAAGAGAGAGAAGCUUACGAGGAGGUGAUAAAACGAGUCGGCGGCCAUUCAUCCGUCGCUAAUAUUGGCGAAGAUAUCCAACAAAUCUCGGAGUUAAGACGUACUCUUGAAGACGGAAUCGCACAGAACAAUCAGCUUAGAUUGCGACUUCAAAAACAGUUCUCCGAAAAUCAGUUCGACCGUUCUCUCGAGGACGAAGUCGUGAAGUUACGAGCUAAACUGGCGGAUAGAGAACGGUGGAAUGCAUCCUUACAGAGUCGUUUAGACGCGCUAUCUCCUCGUGUCAGGGGAGUUGGCGGCUCGAGCAGUUCUCUUUCCGAGUCGACGGCGUCAUCGCAAACAUCUCCAUCUAUUUAUGCCGAUGAAAAGGACAAAGAAUUUACGGUUUUGAGAUCACGUCUGGAUGAAAGCGAAAGAUGCAACUCGAGGGUUCAAAAGCAGCUCGAAAACGCGAGAGAUUCUUGGCGAGAAGAAAAAAUCUCUCUCAACAAACUUAACGAGAAGCAAAAGCAUGAAAUCGACGUGUUGCGCGAGCAAUUGAUGAAAUCCAACGAUACUUGUAACGAUUUGCGAAGUCGAGCAAAAAAAGCGGACGAAGAAAUUUCUUCAUAUAAACGAGAGCACGACGUAGAGUUCAACACAUUGAAAAGAGCUUUGGAAGACAGUAAACGAAUAAAUGAAUCCUUAAGGGAGCAACUGAACGAAAAUAGGGUAAACACUUCACCACAAACAUUUCCUCUGAACAGGAACGACUCACGAACGCUGGAUUGCUUGCAGGAAGAGCUCGAAAAAAAAUCGCGUACAAUAGAGGCUUUGAACAACAAAUGCGACUCGCUGCAGAAGUAUUUGAACGAGAGGAGUUUAACGAUAGCCCCGAGCGCCAGUGAUAAGUCUGGGCUUGAUUCGGAGAAAUUUAGACUUGAUAACGAGAAACAGAGUAUUGUUGACAGGUUGGAAGAAGACGUUGAUGCGACUUUAAAGUCCUAUCGCUUUACUGAAAACAUUCACUGGAAAACGGGAAAAGUCGAACAGCUCGAAGCCGAGUUGCUCGAGAGCCGUCGUGUAAUCAAGAGGUUGCAAGAGAGAUUACUAAACAAUGAAGAAGGCGAGUCGAAUUUGAAAAACGAGCUUGGUUGCCGAGAAAAUUUGGAAGCAAGGAGAACUGAUGUCUCAAGUACGAAUAAAUUUCACGAGAACACCAUCGGUUUAGAAGCUUUGGACGAACCUGAUGGUUCGACUCCAACUGUGAUUGGAGGCGCAGAACAAGCGCAAAAGCAACUGCGAGACAUGCAGCUGAGAGUUGAUGAAUUGCGGCAGGCGCUGUCUGAUAGUUUAAGCGUGAGUAAAAAACUCAAGCAAGAUUUGAAUAAUUCGGAGCAGACGGUCAGCUUACUUGAAAAAGAUCUUGCUAACUAUGCAAAGAAAUUAAGAGAGGCGGACAGUGAGGUGGUCCAUUUGAAAGAGGAGUAUUCGAAAAUGUGUACAUUCAACGCCGCCUACCUUUCACAAUUGAAUGAACUGCGCCAACAAGAAGAGUCGUCAACGAAGUUACGCGAAGAUUUGGCCGCUACGAAAAUGAGCAAUGAGAAGUUGAAAGAUGAAGUACAACGAUUGCUUGCUUCGAUUGACACCACCGGCAAGGAAAACGAGAAGCUACGGGAAGCGUUAUUGUCCACGAAGCGAACAAAACAGCACAGCAAGAGUACAUUAACUUCUCCAAGGCUUUCAAACGCUUUGCAUGAGCAAACUGGGAGUCCGACUUCAUCGCGUGAGUACCAGUCUUUACGGGAAAGACUGAAUCUCAGCGAGAAGUUGAACUCGGCGUUGAAAUUUGAGCUAGAAGCUUGCAAGAAGAAUGGCGCGAGUUCGAAAGCCAACGAGGAAACUUUUACGGCACCCCUCGAGGAGUUGCGCGUUUUGAGGGUGCGGCUCGAGGAAAGCAUCAAAACCUACGAUGAACUGUGCAUUCAGCUUGAAAACAAGCUGAAAGAAUUGGGUGAAGACGGCAGAGACGCCAUCUCGAACGAAGGUAGUGAAGCGGUCGUACGGGAGAACGAGAAUUUGAAGCGAAAAAUAGCGAAGUUUAACGAACAAGUGAAGACAAUUCAGCGAGAAUUGGAAGAACAUAGACUGGCAAGAAAACGCGACAAAGAGAAGAUCACUCUGUUGAACAGUCAAUUGGUGGAAAGCAACAAGGCAAACGAAAGCUUGAGGAACGAGCUUGCCAUAUGCGACAGUAUCAUAAAGGCAGGACAGAAAUCCAAACCCGAAGGUUCAAGCAACAACAACGACGCCAUAAUGCUUCUGUUGGCCGAGAUCCGCAGUUUACGCGAGCAACUCGAGACAAGCAUCAAGUCGAAUAACUCUUUGAGAGAAAUGUUGCAAAAACAGCUCACAUCCUCACCACAGCGUCAAACACAGUUGCCGGCACGCUCUCCCGAACACUCAACGCUCAGAAACAGCCCAAAUGUCUCGCCUGUCAUGGGACAGAGCUCGACGACGUCAUUUGAUUCAUCAUCGAGUCCAAAAGAAAAGCAAUUGAACUUUGAAGCUUCUAAGCUUCAAGAGCUUCGUCGGUACAUCGACUCCGGUUACGAAAACGUCGAAUCUCUUUUGGUCAAACACAUGAGGAUGGAUUUGGGAAAUUCUGACAGGAACAGCGAACUUGAUGAAAUGAAGAAAGACUUGGAAAAUUUACGAACAUUGUUGUUCAAAAGUGGCCGGCUAUUGGACCACUUGUGGACGGCGCAAGUUGCGAGUGGACCAACAUCAGCUGACAGGUUGACCAGACAGAAUGACGAAUUACGCAAAGAAAUUUCGCUGCUCAAAAAAAGAGUGCUGAGUCAAAGUAAGAUUUUGGAAAACACUGCGACGCGUUUGGAGUCAUCCAGCCGCAUGAGGAAAGAAGUUGAACGAUCUCUCUUCGCUCGAUUGACCGAAACUCGUGAGACGAUAGGCUCUUCUCGGAAACAACUCGAGGAUCGUUUGAGCUCGAGGAAUGGAAACUAGUAAGUCGAGAACGUGAGAAAUGAAAUUUGUCGUUGCUGUCUGUUGGCAAUACGAUAUUAAUACAUAUAUAAUGUUCUUACACGAGAGAAAUAUUUACGAUUCUACAGUUAAAUUUUAAGUUCUUUACGUACGUAUACGGGGAUAUAUGUGAUAUUAAUAAUGUUGAUAUGACCUCA